GCGGGGCGGCGGCGGGAGGAUGCCUCGCGCCCUGCGGAGGCGCCAACGGCCGCAGCGCGUCCCGGGCCGCGCCGGCGCCGCCUGAGAGCCGAGCCCGCGCUGACCGGGGCCCGGGCCGGAUGGGCGCUGCGGGCCGGGGCGCGGACCGCCGAGCGGCCGUUGUGACGUUUUUCUCUCGGCCCAGCUGUGUGGACCGUGCCACACGCCCUCCGAACAACAACGGCUCUUGCGUGCAUAUUUCAGUGUUUCUUUUGUCAGAGAAUCCAGCAGAGCCGCAAUUCGUCCAGGGCCAGCCCUGAGCUGAGCGAGGAGUGCCCAGCCGAGAUGGUGAAGAUGACAAAAUCCAAAACUUUCCAAGCUUAUCUGCCAAACUGUCACCGAACGUACAGCUGUGUCCACUGCAGAGCCCACCUGGCCAACCACGAUGAGCUGAUCUCCAAGUCUUUUCAGGGAAGUCAGGGACGAGCCUACCUCUUCAAUUCUGUGGUGAACGUGGGCUGCGGCCCCGCGGAGGAGAGGGUCCUUCUCACUGGGCUGCACGCGGUCGCAGACAUCUACUGUGAAAACUGCAAGACCACGCUCGGGUGGAAAUACGGCGCCCGGGAGAGUUGCCUUCGCCUGCCUCCUACCUGCAGCCCCUGCGGGGAGUACCUCGCUCCUCCUCCUUCCCCCCAGAUUCCCCUGCGCACGUGGACGCUCAGGAACAAGCUGGCACUACCCUUCCCCGAACAUGCCUUUGAGAGCAGUCAGAAAUAUAAAGAAGGAAAAUUUAUUAUUGAGCUUGCCCACAUGAUCAAAGACAAUGGUUGGGAGUAAAGUGAAAACUUUGUUCUCUUCUGAAUACUAUUUUGUGAGAGACUGUAAAUGUAACGGAGACGUAGGAGCAUCCUGGAUGACAGUAUUUCUUGAACUUGAACCUUGCGGGCUGGCCUGUCCCGGCCGAUCCGGUGGUAAGGUGUCCCUCCAGCCUCCGUCCUGUUCACGUACAUGGCUGUUUCUGAAAUGUUUCCGUGACCUUUUUCUAACUUCUCAAGUUCUAGAGAAAGAAUUAACCGACUGAUGACUUAACCGCCUAGUUAAUACCUUCUUCUAAGCUAUGCCUUUAAGAUGGAGUUUGGCUGCGCUCUUUCAUGUCUGAUAGAAAACCAAACCGAAUUUCCAUGGACCACAGGGUUAAGGGCUUUUCAGAGCGAGUUCACUCCCCUCUUUUGGAGUGAGGAUACUAUAGGCCACUUUUUUUUUUUUUUUUUUAAUUCGUGAAACUACAGAUGGGUUAUUCCGCUUGCAGAUGAGCUGUGAAAGCAUAGUGCUCAUGUAGGAAUCUUCCAGAAACAGUCAAGUCAAAAAAAAAAAAAAAAAAAAGCCAAGGGACCUUUUUUUUUUUAAAGCCUUGUUCAAAACUAGAAGACCCCAUUGAUCACAUUUUAGAUAAUAAGCUAUAAAUAGAGAAAUAUGUCUGAUGGAACAUCUUGUUUAUUUAAGCCAAUAGCUUCCUUAGCUAGAAAGCGAGAGCGUUAGCAGAGACUGCUCCAGGGGGCCGCAGGUGCACACGUGCGGGGGGCUGCAGCCGGGCAGGGCUCUGGAAGCGGGGCUCCUGUGUCCGCCGCUGACGGGGUGGUCCACGCAGAGUUUAAUGCACUGGACCGAGUCCGAUCGGAUCUCCUUUUCUACUCUGAUGUACUUGAAGAAAAAGAAUUACUCUUGCAUACGAAAGAGGCCAGACCGGCGGGAUGAGCUUCCAAACUUGAGAUUUGGGAGAUGGUUUUAAAAUUUUUUCAGGAAAGGUUAAACUUCCAAAACAGUUAAACUUUAUAAGUUGAAAUGGGUCUCCUGCGCCCCACUGAUUCUGUCCCUUGAGCUGACGCAGAGGGGACCUGGGCCGUCUCCUACGUCCUGUGUCUCCACCACGUACUUUAAGUUCCAACCCACCUGUGCCUCUGCAAGGGGAGGGCACUCUGCAGGGUUUUGGCCGAUUUUCAGAGAACAGAGGCCCAAACCCGUUCCCAGUUAAGUUUUGGUUUUCGAUGUUCUGGCCUGACUGCGGCCGCUGGGCCCGGCCUGCUGCCCCAGGGCCUGGGAGAGCCCGGAGAGCCCGGUGCGGGGGGCAGUGCCCGGGGCAGGAAAGGGCCCAGGGGGGCGGGGAGGGAAGGGCCGCGGCGCCCGGGUCCCUGCGGAGCGCCCCUUCCAGGCCGCCGUGGGCCGCGCCUCUGCCUCGGGUGGAAGGCGGGCAGGUGGGGCCAUGCGGCGCCGGCCGGACGGGGACAGCUUAGCGUCGAGCCCCCGAGCGCCCGGCCCGUCCUGGUACAGCUUCCCCAGCCCGCGCCCCGGUGUCGAAGGUCACGCUGAGCCGCGGCCUUCGGGGGCGCUCCGGCCACCGCGCGGGUCCCCCCCAGCUGGCACUCAAGCACCUCCGUCCUCAGCGCCCCUUCGCCGCGGAGCGUGUACCCGUCGCUGCAAACCUCGCCUAAACCCACCUUCGCCGCCUCGGCUCCUCGCCCGCCGCGGGACAGGGCCGCGUCCCGACGCCCCGCCGGCUCCUCCCGGAAACCGAGGGCGCUCCGAGGUCUUCUGAGCGAGCCGUGUACAUACUGAACUCCUAUUUAAAGCUUUUGUAUGUUCUGGGCAAGUUUACUGCUCCUCUGAUUUGAGCACUUUGGUUUUUGUAUUGUCUUUUGUGAUGGCAUUGAAACAUUUUUACCAGUGGUCUUAGGCCUUCUUUUGUACUUUUUGGUUUUUUUUGUUUUUGGUAACUGAUACCAACGAAAACUCAACACUUUUUUUGUUGUUGGUCUUCCGAAAAAUCAAAAUCGAAGCUCCUUUCGAAACCAAAUGAACAGACCGUGAGCUGGCUCCAGGGAAGGACAUUCUCGAGACCACAACCAGAUAUGCUGGUGGAGUGUUGGAAUGUUCCACCCUUUUAAAUCCCUAAACAGUAAAUAUCAUCCUGUGUCUUUUAUUUAAAUUAUUUAAAGUAUUUUUGUCCUUGAAGAAUGGGGAGGGGAUGCCAGGACCAUAAAUGCAUUUAACUUAAAACUAUGUAGUGUUUUCUGGCGCAGCACAUCUGCUUUAGAAGCGUGGUUUAGUUUUGUUGCCGUUUUAUAUCUACAUAUAUAUAUAGUAUUUUUGUACCUUAACACUUAUUCUUGAUGGCAUCUGUCAGAUACUAGGCGAGAUCAGACAUGGGAAUUUUUCCAAAAGUCCUUUAAUUUACCUGGUGACCUCACCAGGUACUUACAAAAUCUGAGUGGUUUUAAUAUCUAGAAAACUAAAUUCCAGAACAACCUACAGAAAUGUAAACCCUUGUUUGUCAAAGACCCUUGGGUGGAUCUGCAGCCAGGGUGGCCCGGGCCUGCCUGGGGCCAGGUGAGUGUGGCCACUGGGCGCAGCUGGAGGGACGGACAGAUGGACAGCAGUCCGAAGGUUUGCCCCUUUGAGCAGGACUGCCAAGCUCACGUGCACAAGCCUCCUUCAGCCUCCAUGUCCAGCCCUCCGUCCUCUGUGUCUGUGUGAGGUUGAACAAUAAAGCUUCCAAUGUCAGA